CGGAAGUGGUGAGGCGGCUCCGGGGGCCGUUGUUCAGCGCUGGGGGCCGACUGCGGAGCUUUAGAGUCCGCGGCGAGCAGGUGGGAUCCACCACUUCCUUCAUCUCGAUUGCGGUGAGAGCCCCGGCGGCCCACGCUCGCAGGAGGAGUUAAAGAUGGCUGAAUUUUUGGAUAACCAGGAUACUCAAUUAUGUGACAACUGCAAAAAAGAAAUCCCUGUGUUUAACUUUACUAUCCAUGAGAUCCACUGUCAAAGGAACAUUGGUGUGUGUCCUCUCUGCAAGGAACCAUUUCCCAAAUCUGACAUGGAGACUCACAUGGCUACCGAACACUGCCAGGUGACCUGCAAAUGCAAUAGGAAGUUGGAAAAGAGGCAGCUGAAGAAUCAUGAGGAGACUGAGUGCCCUCUGCGGCUUGCUGUCUGCCAACACUGUGAUUUGGAGCUUUCUGUAAUGAAACUGAAGGACCAUGAAGAUUACUGUGGAGCCCGGACAGAGCUAUGUGGCAAUUGUGGGCGCAAUGUCCUGGUGAAAGACCUGAAGAUUCACCCUGAAGUUUGUGGGAAAGAAACAGAGGAAAAGAGAGCUGAGGUUGCCAUGCCUCCUAGUGCAUAUGAUGAGUCUUGGGGUCAAGAUGGACUCUGGAUUGCGUCCCAACUCCUUAGGCAAAUUGAAGCUUUGGACCCUCCCACGAGGCUUUCCCAAAGGCCUACAAGAUCCUUUGAAUCAGACCUCUUCCCCAGUAGGACCACCAGCCACAGGAACAUAACUACCCGGUUUCCAAUUCAGAAUAAUCUAUUGGAAGAACUAGAAAGACAGGAAAGGAAUAAAAGUCGACAGUCCACCAAAGUGAGGGGUGAAGAUAAUGCAAACCUGGACUUCAUGUUGGCCCUGAGUCUGCAGAAUGAAGGCCAGGCCCCCAGUGUGGCAGAGUCAGACUUCUGGAGUGCCAUGUAUGACGCAGAAGAGACCUGUGAGGCCCCCACUAGUGUAAAUGACAAAAAAGGUGCAGCUGACGAGACCAUGUUGCCUUGUGAAUUUUGUGAGGAGCUCUACCCAGAGAAACUGCUGAUCGACCAUCAGACGAUCUGUAACCCUUCACGUGCCUUACCUUCACGCAGUGUGGGCAGCCCUUCCCCCAGAGGGGUGGAAGACCCUGAUGUCAUCUUCCAGAAGUUUUUGCAAAAGACUGCAAAUAAUCAGUUUGACUCUUUGAUGGGCCUGAGCAAUUCCCUCCCACAGGAGGAGGAUAGCAUCAUCAUCCCAUGUGAAUUCUGUGGAGUGCAGCUGGAGCAGGAAGUGCUAUUCCACCACCAAGACCAGUGUGACCAGCGCCCAGCCACAGCAAGCAGCCUUCUGAUGGAGGGGAUUCCUCGACACGAUUCUCAACCUCGAGCGACCUCACCAGAGCAGCCCAAAAGGCGUAUCAGACACCAGGGAGAGCUGUAUUCUAGUUACAUGGACGAUAUCAAGCAGGAAACAGCUAAAGGGCCCAGCUGCCCUCUUUCCCCCAGCAGAACUAUCAACAAUAUGUCAGCGACCUGUAACCGACUUUCACCCUCCACCUCCACGGCAGGCUGCAGGCCUGAGUGCCAGUCCAGCCCUGCUCAUGGACUGAAGCUCAACAAUAGUCAGGAUCUCCAGGGCCGGAAAUGCAGCAGCCAGAAUGGGGCCACUGCACAUGUUCCAGUGACUCCGUCCACUCGAAGCCUCUACCCGGAAAACCUUGUGCCCUCUCUCCCCCAUGGUGCUACAGGGAGAUACGGAGCAAGGAAUGAAGGUGGCAGGAACUCCCGGGUCACUCCAGUGACUACCAACUACCACAACAGAGCCGCAAAGGUAACCAGGGAUGCAGCCUCCAGACCCUCAGGGAGCACUCAGAGCUCGGCAAAACCCUCCCAGCAACAGGGAGCUGGGCAUGUGGAGGAAGAGGAAGAGGAGUAGUAGUGACAUCUGCACAGAACCUGCACUUGGUUCAUCUUCUCUGCACAGCUGCACUUGUCGUGUGGACCCUGCCUCCUGGGCUCUUUGGGGAGACUUUCACUUCUUGGUUGGGGCCAUUUUGUGUCUUUUGAGAUUGUGCUAUAGGCGUUUGGGGACUUGAGGGAGGGCUGAUAGGGAGGCUGUUGAGAAAUGUUCCAGCUUUAGUUGCUUCCUUUUGCCAACAGAAAUAUAAGUUGUGGCCUCUUGGCCUACCAGGGCUUUAACUUUUGACAUACUGUCACCACUGCUUCUCGGUGCUGUGUGGUCCUGGUGGAAGGAGAGAAUUCCAGAGAUCUGGUAUCUACCAGUGAGAUGGUUCUCUUCCUUGCUGGGGCCUAACUCUGAGGACUCUGUAUAUAACCUCUGCUGUGUACUGCACCUCACCACUCUAGUAUCUGGACCAGUGAUUUGUAUGGUGAGCCUCUGGUAAGGUCUCCAGGCCAUUUGCAGUGUCUAUUAAGAGCAAGAGAGAUGAGUGGAUUAGGGGGUUGGUUUUCACCUGCUUUUCUGGAAUCUGGCAUCACUGCCUCCUAUUUCUGUGGGGAACCUGGUUCCUCUGUCAUCACUGCCUUGUGAUGGAGAAGGCUUGAAACUGCCUUCACAGCCAGGGCCAUGCUGGGCUCAUUCCAACUGAUCAAGAAUGAGUCCUUAGCUUUAUGGCUCAGUCCGAAAACCAAGUAUUGAAGUCCCCCCUCCCUUUUUAUUUUGCUAUUAUAACAUCCUUGUAAUAGAAAUAAAGUUUGUACUUGGA